CUCUGUCUCUGUGUCUUUGUUGCACGCUUUUCUACGGCUUUUUCAACCGAAAGAAAUUCAAUUCCAGCGCAAGCAAGUUCCCGUUUCGACAGAGAAUAUUUCAGAGCAGGAAGAAGAGGAAGAGAGAAAAACAGAGAAGAUGGGUCUGCUGUCCAACAGAAUUAAUAAGGAGUGCCUGAAACCAGGGGAUCAUAUUUACUCUUGGAGGACUGCUUAUAUCUAUGCCCAUCACGGCAUCUAUGUUGGAAAUGAUACAGUCAUCCACUUUACUAGACGGGGAGAAGAGGUAGGAACAGGGACUGUGCUGGACUUCCUCGUGGUAAGUUCAGGACCCGCCCGAUCCCAAGUGCCUUGCACAACUUGCACUCCAUCAGGAGCAACCCAUGGAGUUCUCUCUUCGUGCCUGAACUGCUUCCUCGCAGGUGGCAUUUUGUAUCGUUUUGAGUAUUCUGUCACUCCUGCUAUCUUCCUUGCAAAAGCACGUGGAGGAACUUGCACUCUCGCUGUCUCGGACCAAGACGAUCUAGUAGUUCACAGAGCAAAAUACCUGCUGGAGAACGGCUUUGGGUGCUAUAAUGUAUUCAAGAACAACUGUGAAGACUUUGCCAUCUAUUGCAAAACAGGGCUGCUUGUUCUGGAUCAAGGAACAAUGGGACAAAGUGGACAAGCUGUUUCCAUAAUUGGUGGACCUCUUGCUGCUGUUUUGUCAACACCAUUGCGCCUUGUUACCACCAAUGUCUACGGUAUGGCGGCAACAGCUAUUGGUGUUUAUUGUGCUAGUCGAUAUGCUGCUGAUAUCGGCAUGAGAAGAGAUGUGGCAAAGGUGGCGGUGGAGGAUCUGACAAGGAGGCUCACAACAGGCUUGCUCCAGGUGGUUGAACCCCAACUUUUGCCAGCAACCGCCAGUGACCCUUGUUUGUAAGGAAUAAUUGUGUAAUUUUAUUGUUUUUGUGGUCAAUAAUUUUUGGGAAUAUGAUUCCCAAAUAUAAAGUACUUACAGGACAAUACCUCAAAAGCACUGCUUUAUCGGGUUACGUCUUGCUCGUCCUACCAAUGAAACAGGAAAAAAAAUAUGCCGAUGUCUAUGUAAAACAAGGCUGGUUUGAUGAUUUGUUUGUGCACUAAACAUUAAGGAUAUCUUGUUGAUAUAUCACGCAAUUAUCCACAGGA